AUAAUCAAUAACAAAAUAACAUGGAACAUCAACAACAAGAAUCAUCCAGUAAUUUACAACUAGUUACAGUUACCGACAAUUAUAAUAAUAAUAAUAAUUUCAAUAAUGAACCAGCUGUUCCGCCAGAAGAAAUUAGGGUUUCAAAAUUCGAUUAUUCAAUUGAUAAUCACUUCAAAUACAUUGAUCAAAUUUCAAUUCUUUCUGGCGAAUCAGAAAUGCAGUAUCAAGAAACCGAAUUACAACGCUUGAAUUCCUCUGUUACUUUCUUAAGGAAAUGGAGAGAUUUCUGUUAUCAACCUCGAACUAUUAGGUUUGCUUUUGAAAACGAGACUUCCCAGGAGAAGGAUGUCACAGCUGGGUUAAACUUGCCUCAAUUUUCUUCAGCAGCUGUUCCCAAGGAUAUGUCAGAUGGAAACAGAAUGUCUUCACCACUGAGCAAAGAUUUUGUAAUGUACGUUGGGGGCCAUGUUUGGGCAUUGGAUUGGUGUCCCAGAGCUCAUCCGAGUUCUAACUCUGACACUAAUGUGGAGUUCAUUGCCGUUUCUGCUCAUCCUCCGAACUCUGCUUAUCACAAGAUCGGUGCUCCACUUACUGGAAGAGGUCUCAUCCAGAUAUGGUGCAUAUUGAAUAUUGGUGUGAAAGACCAAGAUGUGAUCCCUUCCGGCAAAGGAAAGUUAAAAUUCACUUCCAAAAAUAAUGACAAUCAACCAAAGAGACCAAGAGGGAGACCAAGAAAGAAUCCUGUAGGCGAAUCUAUGAGUGACAUGGAUGGCACAGAAGAAACGGGUAAAAGUUCCAAAUCUUGUAAACCACAAAAGCCUAGAGGAAGACCAAGAAAGAAUCUUGUUAGUGAAUCUGUGAGUAAUUUAGAUGGCAGCAAUCAGUCAAUCCAAAGUCUGGCUGUACAAGAACCUGAAAAUCCAAAGUUAUUUCAGCUAGUGGCCACGGAAGAAAAUGAUAAAAGUUUUGGCUCAGUUAAGCCCAAAAAGCCUAAAGGAAGGCCCAGAAAGAAACCUGCAAGUGAAUUUGUGAGUACUAUAGAUGGCAGCAAUCAGUUAAUUCAGAGUCUGCCUGUACAAGAUCCUCAAAAUCCAAACUUACUUCAAUUAGUGACCAUGGAAGAAAUUGAUAAAAGUUUCAGCUCAGUUAAGCCGGAAAAGUCGAAAGGAAGACCCAGAAAGAAUACUGUUAGUGAAUCUGUGAGUAACGUGGAUGGCAGGGAUCAAUAUAUACAAAAUCAGGCUUUACAAGAUCCUGUAAAUCCAAACUUACUUCAACUAGUGGCCACAGAAGAUACCGAUAAAAGUUUCAGCUCAGUUAAGCUGAAAGGGCCGAAAGGAAGAUCCAGAAAGAAACCUGUAAGUGAAUUUGUGAGUAAUGUGGAUGGCAGGGAUCAAUAUAUACAAAAUCUGGCUGAUCAGCCUCCUGAAAGCUCAAGCACAUUACUUAAGCUACUCCACAAAGAAGAAACGAGUAAAAGUUCCAAAUCUAGUAAGAGGCAAAAUCCUAGAAAGAAACCAAGAAAUAAUCCUGCAAGUGAAUCUGUAAGCGGUGGUCAAUUUCCGCAAGGCCUGUUUGUGGAAUCUCCGGAAGAUUCAGACCAUUUACUUCAAGUAGUUGCCAUAGAAGAAACUGAUGCAUAUUUGAAAUCAUGCAAGCGACAAAAAACAAAGUUAAAACCCAGAAAGAAACAAGCGAAGGAAUCACUAAAUAAUUCUAAUGGCAUCGACAAACAAAUGUGCUCAUUUCCUGAAUGUCCUGAUAGUUCACCAAAAGCAAGUGUGCAACCUCUUGCUGUGGAGUUCCCUGAAGAUGUCUAUACCCGAAAGCGGAAAUGUGACAAUAAAGAAUUCCCAACAAAGUCAAUGCGGACAUCUUCAAAGUCUAGCUUAACAAAAUGCCAGCCAGGAAUAAAAAGUCAAGUAACUGGUAGUGAUUUACCUCUUCCAACACAAAGUUGUGGAAGUCCUAUACAGCAAGAUCCCAUCCUUUCUGAACCUGCUCACGAUAGUGGUUUCGUUUCUGAGGAUGCUUCUUUACCUAGACUUGUAAUGGGCUUGGCACACGGUGGAAAAGUUGCAUGGGAUCUGAAAUGGCGGCCCUCUAAUUCUCGUAUUAUUUCCAAGCACCUAAUGGGCUACCUUGCUGUCUUGCUUGGAAAUGGUGCUCUUGAAGUGUUUGAAGUACCUCUUCCCUAUAUAACUAAAGAAAUGUUUUCCUCUGCUCAGAAGGAAGGUAGUGAUCCUCGCUUCAUUAAGUUGAAGCCAGUUUUCAUGUGUACGAACUUGAAGUGUGGUGAUAGACAGAGUAUUCCGCUAACAUUGGAGUGGUCAACAUCAGCUCCUCAUGAUCUUAUUCUGGCUGGUUGUCAUGACGGAGUGGUGGCCCUGUGGAAGUUCUCUGAUAACGAUCCAUCUAAAGAUACUAGACCCUUGCUUUGCUUCAGCGCGGAUACAGCUCCUAUAAGGGCAUUAAAGUGGGCUCCAUUGGCUAGUGAUGCCGAGAGUGCAAAUAUAAUUGCUACUGGUGGGCAUAAAGGUCUUAAGUUUUGGGACAUACGUGAUCCGUUUCACCCUCUUUGGGAUAUUCCUGCUCAGCAGAACAUAAAUAGUAUGGAUUGGCUCUCAAAUCCAAGUUGUGUUGUUUUAUCCUUUGACGAUGGAGAAAUAAGAACAAUCAGCUUACUGAAGGCUGCUUGUGACAUUCCUGUUACGGGUAUGCCCUGUAUUAAGACACCACAGCAUGGAUUACAUAGUUAUUACUCUUCAUUAUCUUCAGUUUGGAGUACUCAAGUGUCAACAACAGGCAUGGUUGCAUAUUGUUGUUCAGAUGGGAAAGUUCUUCAUUUCCAGCUUACUACCAAAGAGGUGGAGAAAGAUGAUAUCAGAAACCGCAAGAGUCAUUAUCUGAGUGGUUCCAUAACCUGGGAAGAAUCGACCCUUAGUAUAUUCUCUCCUGUACCCAAUAAAUUGGGUGAUAUCCCAAGAUCCAAACGUGGUUUUAUAUCGAAAUCAAAUCAAGAGAAGAGAGCCAAGGACCAAAUCUUAAAGUCCCAAACCCCAGAAAAACAACUAGGUCAUUACCUGGUCUCAGAAGCCAAGUCAGGGAUAUACCAAAAGAGCGGCGAUACCUCUCAGACAACUGAAACCAGUCAAGCAUUAGUGUGCGCAGACAAUGACAAUAAGAGUGAAGGAGAGACUGUUGGAAAACAUAUGGACAACGAGAAGGAAAGAGAGGUCCUUCCUCCCAAGAUUGUUGCAAUGCACUGUGUUAGAUGGAAUAUGAACAAAGGUAGUGAGAGAUUGUUGUGCUAUGGAGGCGCUGCUGGUAUUGUACGAUGUCAAAAAAUUUCUUAACCCACAACCUUAGAGUUAAUUUGAUGGUUUUUUAGAUCAGGUGGGAUAAUAAUGUAUAUCUGCGAACAAAAUUUUUAAAUAGGUUUAGUAAAUAUUUUGUUAAUUUAUAUGCCAAAGUGUUUUUUCCCUAGGUAAGUAUGUGUAUAUAACUUGGUAUUUAGUUUAUUGAGAAUGAAAAUUCCACCAA